AACAGAGCGUGAAUCCCGGGGGCUGGAGCGCAGGAUGGCGGCGGUCGGUGCUGCUUCAGCUGCUGAGGCCGAGUCUUCGGACAGCGAACCGGAGCAGGAGCACGGAUCCCCGCAGAAACUCAUACGGAAGGUCUCCACGUCUGGUCAGAUCCGGAGCAAGACAAUUUUAAAAGAAGGAAAGUUGAUGAAACAGACUAAUUUUCAGCGCUGGAAGAGACGUUACUUUAAACUGCGGGGAAGAACGCUGUACUACGCUCAGACGGCCAAGUCAAUUAUCUUUGAUGAAGUGGAUCUGACGGAUGCCAGUGUCGCAGAAUCAAGCACGAAGAACGUCAACAACAGCUUUACCGUGAUCACUCCGUGUCGUCGGCUGGUUCUGUGUGCUGAAAACAGGAAAGAGAUGGAGGAAUGGAUCGCAGCUCUGAAGAGUGUUCAGAACAGAGAACACUUUGAGUCCACUCAGUUCAGCAUGGAUCAUUUCUCUGGGAUGCAUAACUGGUACGCCUGUUCUCACGCUCGCCCCACGUACUGUAACGUCUGUCGCGAGGCUCUGUCUGGAGUCACGUCUCACGGACUCUCCUGCGAAGUGUGUAAGUUCAAGGCUCACAAGCGUUGUGCGGUCAGAGCCACUAAUAACUGUAAGUGGACGACACUGGCCUCUAUCGGCAAAGACAUCCUGGAGGAUGAGGAUGGGAUCUCGAUGCCUCAUCAGUGGCUGGAGGGGAAUCUGCCCGUCAGCGCCAAAUGCACCGUGUGCGAUAAAACCUGCGGCAGCGUCUUGAGACUGCAGGACUGUCGCUGUUUAUGGUGCAAAGCCAUGGUGCAUGCUGGGUGUAAAGAGCAGCUCUCUCCGAAGUGCCCACUGGGACAGUGUAAAGUCUCUGUGAUACCACCCACCGCCCUCAACAGCAUCGACUCAGACGGGUUCUGGAAGGCGACGUGUCCUCCGACCUGCACGAGUCCGCUGCUGGUGUUCGUGAACAGUAAAAGUGGAGAUAAUCAGGGCGUGAAGUUCCUGCGGCGCUUCAAGCAGCUGUUGAAUCCUGCUCAAGUGUUCGAUCUGAUGAACGGAGGGCCACACCUGGGCUUGCGUCUGUUUCAGAAGUUCGACACGUUUCGUAUUCUGGUGUGUGGAGGAGACGGCAGCGUCGGGUGGGUUUUAUCAGAGAUAGACGCGCUGACUUUACACAAACAGUGCCAGCUCGGCGUACUUCCUCUGGGAACAGGAAAUGACCUGGCCAGGGUUUUGGGCUGGGGCUCGGCGUGUGACGAUGACACACAGUUACCACAGAUCCUGGAGAAGCUGGAGAGAGCCAGUACUAAGAUGCUGGACAGAUGGAGUAUUAUGGUAUAUGAGACCAAGUUACCACGGCAACACUCCAGCUCCACGGUAACAGAGGACUGUAGUGAGGACUCCGAGGUGCAGCACAUUCUAACAUAUGAAGACUCAGUUGCUGCUCAUCUCUCUAAAAUCCUGACGUCCGAUCAGCAUUCGGUGGUCAUUUCAUCUGCCAAAGUCCUGUGUGAGACGGUGAAAGACUUUGUUGCGAAAGUCGGACGUGCUUACGAGAGAAACACCGAAAACUCAGAAGAAUCUGAGGCCAUGGCUAAAAAGUGUGGUGUGCUGAAAGAAAAGUUGGACUCGUUAUUGAAAACGCUUAAUGAGGAAGCCCAAGCCAGCAGUGUGUUGUCUGCACCACCGCCCACCAUUGCUGAGGAGCAGGUGGAUGGGGAGGGUGUGGUCCUGGCUCCGCCCCCUGCUCCGCCCACAGUCACAGCCCCUUGUUCGCCUCGACCGCCUGCCGCCAUCUUCAAACCCAGAGAGCAGCUGAUGCUUCGAGCCAAUAGCCUGAAGAAAGCCAUCAGACAAAUCAUAGAGCACACCGAGAAAGCGGUGGAUGAACAGAACGCUCAAACAGAGGAGCGUUUGCCUUCGCUACCGGCAGAAGAAGAAGAGGAGGAUGAUGGUUCAGAAACAUUGUCUCUGCAGUCGUCAUACAGCAGCCGAGUGCGUGCCAGCAGGCGAGCAUCUAAGACGCCAUGUGAGAAGCUCAUCAGUAAAGGAAGCCUGUCCAUAGGUAGCUCCGCCUCACUUCCUGCUCAGACAGGAAGUAGAGAGAACAUGCCCAUGCUGAACACUAAGAUCCUGUACCCAAGUCUCAGAGCGGGUGUGGGGGGGUCUUUUAGCGGUUCGGUGAUCACCAGGCUGCUGGUCAACGCUGAUCCAUUCAACUAUGAUCCGGAGAACCUGGAUCUGUUCACGGAGAAAUGUGUGAUGAAUAAUUAUUUUGGAAUCGGUCUGGAUGCCAAGAUCUCUCUGGACUUCAACAACAAACGUGACGAGCAUCCAGAAAAAUGCAGAAGUCGCACUAAAAACAUGAUGUGGUAUGGAGUCCUGGGAACUAAAGAACUUCUGCAUAGAACAUACAAGAACCUGGAACAGAGAGUUCUGCUGGAGUGUGAUGGGAGGCCGAUCCCUCUUCCCAGUCUGCAGGGAAUCGCUGUGCUGAAUAUUCCCAGUUACGCAGGAGGAACCAACUUCUGGGGCGGAACUAAAGAGGAUGAUACGUUCACGGCUCCGUCGUUUGACGAUAAGAUCCUGGAGGUGGUGGCUGUGUUCGGCAGCAUGCAGAUGGCUGUUUCUAGAGUUAUUAAUCUACAGCAUCACCGUAUCGCACAGUGUCGAACAGUGAAGAUCACUAUUCUGGGAGAUGAAGGCGUCCCUGUGCAGGUGGACGGGGAAGCCUGGAUCCAACCGCCCGGAUACAUCCGGAUCCUCCACAAGAACCGCACACAAACCCUCACCAGAGACCGGGCGUUCGAGAACACUCUGAAGUCGUGGGAGGACAAACAGAGAGGCGAGAUUCCACGGCUGGUUUCCCAGCAUGCAUUGCAGCCGGAGAUCGUUUCUGAAGAGGAAACUGCUCAGAUCAGUCUGUUCGGACAGGCAGCCGGUGCACUUAUUCACUGUAUCAGGGACGUGGCACAGUCUCAUCACACUAUCGAGCAGGAAUUGGCUCAUGCGGUCAACGCCAGCUCUAAAGCCAUGGAUCUGGUGUACGCAAACUCCAAAAGCAGCGGGGGUUUGACCUGUAACGUGGUGAUGGAGAUGGUCAGUAACGUCAAAGCUCUGCACAGCGAGACCGAACUGCUGCUCGCGGGAAAGAUGUGCCUGCAGCUGGAUGCUCCUCAGAGAGAUCAGCUGAGCGCUGCGUUGAGUUCAGUCGCUCUGCAGUUACGCAGACUCACAGACAUCAGCUGGAUCAGUCAGCUCAUCGAGCCGGCCGACGACGAGGGUCAGCUGUCCGAUUUCUCCAAGCGCAGUCGCAGCGCUAAAUUCCGCCUCGUGCCCAAAUUCAAGAAAGACAAAAACAACAAAAACAAGGAGACGUGCGCCGCCUUCAACAUGCCAGUGAAUACGUGGGGUGUGGAGGAAGUGGGCGUCUGGCUGGAGAUGCUCUGUCUGUCCGAGUAUAAGGAGAUCUUCAUCAGACAUGAUAUCAGAGGACCAGAGCUGCUUCAGCUGGAGAGGAGAGACCUGAAGGAUCUGGGAGUGACUAAAGUCGGCCACAUGAAGCGGAUCCUGCAGGGAAUCAGGGAUUUGAGUCGAAACAGCACAACCAGCGAAGCAUAGACGCUCCGCAGCCAAUCAGAGGCCUCGUUCGGACGUGACACAGCUUCACCCAGCCAAUCAGACGCUCAGCCGCGACUGGAAGCAGCCAUACCUCCAACCAAUCACAGUGCCUUCAGUUCUCCUCCUCUGUGACAUCAUCGCUUUGGGGGAAACUAUUCGACUACCUAGAAGGGGGAGAUUUAUCAAGAGCCAUCGGAGGGUCGAACCAAUAUCACAGACCCUGAAGAGCACACGAGUGUUCAAGCAUUCAGCCAAAUGAUAUUCACUGAAGACAACCUGAAAUCCAAGUUUAUCCGGUUUUCUUUUAAAUACUAUAAGUAACAAAUGUCUGUCAAUAGUCUUAAACCCCAUGUUUUACGAUCCAAUCAAAUCCCGAUGGAUAACAUUAGUCCCGCCCUCCAUUAUUUGCUGUUAAAUAUAUUCAGUUUCAUUCUAAAAUGUCAUUUUUCAUAAGCUAAAUGUGCUGGGAAUGCAGUUUCAUGUUGUCUUGAAGCUCUUUGGCUCUAUUCAAAACCUAGUGAACUGCCUAAAUAGACAGCUGCCUUCUUAGCCACCAAAAACUCUCGAAAGAUCCUCAGAUGAGCAUAAGAUUUAAAAUGUAUGCAUUUGGCUGAUGCUUUUAUCCAAAGUGACUUGCAUUGCAUUUAAGAAAUAUUUCAAAUGAAAUUAAAUGUUAAAUAACAUUAAAUUAAAUUAAAAUAAAAUGUUAUAAUAAUUUAAUUAAAUAUUAAAUUGCAUUCAAUUUAAUAAAAUGUUAUAUUAAUUAUUAAAUUAUAAUAAUAUUAAUAAAAUUAUAAAAUUGAUUAAAGAGGAGUUGUAAUGUGCAAAUUAUAAAGACUCCCACUCAAAUAUUUACAUUUAUGCAUUUGGGAGACACUUUUAUCCACUAACAUUGCUUUCAAGAAAUAAAAUAAAUAUAAAAUUAAAUUAAAUUAAAAACAUAAUUUGAUUGAAAACAAUAAAUACAGUUAAAAAAACUGUGUUGUAAUGGACAAAAAAAUAAAGUCUCACCCAAAUAUUUACAUUUAUGCAUUUGGCAGACUUUUAUCCACUAACAAUGAAUUCAAGAAAUAAUAUAAAAUAAAGUCUAAUUAAAUAAAACCUAUAUUUGCUUGAAAAGGAUAAUUUGCUAAAUUAGUAAAUACAACUAUAAAAUUAAUUAAGGAUUAAUUGUAAUGAGCAAAAAAUUAAGUCUCCCACCUAAAUAUUUUUUAAUAUCUUUUUUAAUUGUAUUGAACUAUUUUCAUUGAUUCAUUCCAGCAUUGAAAAACUUUAUCAUACAUGUGAUGCUAGCUUAAAGAAGCUAUUUUAAAAGUGUGUGAUGCCUUAAAGUGCUGUCCGAGUAGGGAGCUCACUAGGUUUGGGAAGACCUUUAACUUUGUUGAGACAAUCAGCUGUGUUGACUUAUCAGACUCGACCAAUCAAACGCUCCGCUUUGCCCCGUGCCUCCACUUCCUCUUCCUCUUCCUCUUCCUGGAUGCCUUAACACUCAACCAGAAAUCUGAGGAAUCACAUAUCAGCCUCAAACACACGUCCAUUCCUGUAUUCUACAGCGGACCUGAGUGAAAGCACGAGCGGAGGAGCAGCGAAGUAAAUGUUGAUGCACACACUUAAUGAGACGCAAACGUUCGACAGAGACUUUUAACAUGAAACAUUCCUUCAGAACAGAUGCUUUACAGAUAUCUCUCGUAUGCUGGCUUUAAAAGAGCAUUGAUGAAAUACAGUCUUAACCAGGUGACAUGAUAAAAGUGCUGUUUUAUGUAAAUCAAAGUCUGCACUAGCUCCGCCCACUGUGAAAUCUCAUUGGUCAAAAACUACAGUCCGCAUGAUUUCAUAUCAGAGGGCUUCAAAUUGCCUCAAAAUAAAACAAAACAAGCAUUAAAAAGGGCCCAAAAACUAAAAGCCAAUGCAUUUCAUAUUUUAUUUCACAUCUUAAGUAAUUAUUUGAAGAACAAAAGUUCCUGUAAUCUUGGAAGAACCCGGACAUAUGAAGAAACUGGUUUCUAGACAUGGAAAGUGAAUGCAAAAAAUGAAAUCGAAUAACUCUAUAGGCAUCCAUAGGAUGAAUAUACAUUUUACCAAGUUUUUAACUUUUUGCAUUUGGCCAAUGGUUUUAUCCAACGUGAUUUAUUUUUAAUUUAAAAUGUAAUUUUCAUAAAUAUAGGCUAAUAAAUCAUUCAAUGCCAAGCUGUAAAAUAUUUUAUCAGGUUGAAAUUGUAAUUGUACUCUUGAUCGUUAUGCAGCAACUCACAAAGAUCUGGUAAAAGUCGUGCACAAGGUUGAGAACCACUGCUGUAUUUUCGAAGUAUGAUUGACUUUACAACUUUGAAAUGAUAAGUUCAUGGCAUUGGAAGUUGAACAAACGUAACUUUAGAAAGCGUAGACUCGAGUUGAUCUGAAUUCAAGCAUUUUCUGUCUUCAGUGUUUAUCUCCUGCACUUACUUUCUCUCUUCAAGGUCAACGAGUCAUGAAGUAUUGAAGUAUAUUUUCUGUGUGGACACAACAUCAAAUACUAUUUCAAACGCCAUACAAACUUACAAUGUCACAGUCGCCUUGACAAAGCUAGAAAUGUUUUCUAAAAGCUUUUUUUUCAAACUCUUCUGGUGUUGAACAUCGACUGUGUCUGAGACAAACACUGUCUUAACCCUUUAACUGCUUUGCACACUUGUGUGUGUGAGUCUGCACAGUGUCUUGUUCGAUGUAGAUGUCAAGUGUGUGUUUCUCUCUCCUUCUCAUCCGGUCUUACAGUCGAAUCAGACUCGUAUCAAGUCAUUUUGGACUCCAGGGGCGUCCGAUCUCUCUGACUGUUAAGUAUUUAUUUUAUUGUUAAGUUAUAACUUACAUCCUUGUGACGCUGUCCAUCUCUUGUGUUUGUUGUUUUAUUUUUUGUAUAUAUGACAUUACUAAUGAUGUAAAUAACUUGUUACUGUACAGUAAAACUGUCUGUAUUAAAACAAGGUCUGUGUAACUCUGAA